AUAAACUAAUGGACAUCCGGAUUAGUUUUACAUUGAUGGUUUACUAAACUGUCCUGAGCGUGAAAUAUUUGCCCUGCAACUGCGGCAGCUUUAAAGCCUGCAACCCCGCCCCUCCGCACUAUCACAUGAAUCUGGACUGAACGCUGGAUGUGAAAAAAGUUUAGAGGAGUCGGAGAAAUCACUCUUCUCCAACUAGUUUUUCAUGUGUGUGAAUUUUCCCACUUUCAGUAGCCUUUAGUUGAGAGUUUGCAUCGGGAAAAGGUGGCUUCCUGAGUGUUUUUUCCUCGUCUGUGGCUCCUCCGACUUCUUUUCUCUCUGCAGGAAUACGGAGAGAGGGGGAAACGGUCUGGCUGCUUGAAGAUUUGUUUCGACACCAAAACUUUGGCGACAUGGACGCGCACCGCGGUGGCGCGCCUCCGGUGGGGCAGCAAAUCGUGCACGUUCGCGGGGACUCGCAGACGGAGCUGGAGGCCCUCUUCAGUGCUGUGAUGAACCCCAGCAAGGCGGUCAGGCAGCCGCCGUCUCUGCCCAUGAGGAUGAGGAAACUGCCGGACUCCUUCUUCAGGCAGCCGGAGCCCCGGGGCCACUCCAGACAAGCCAGUUCGGAUGGAGGCGUGUGCGGCUCCCUCGCUCCUCAUCAUGUCCGUGCUCAUUCCUCCCCUGCCUCCCUUCCAGUCAACUCCCUCUCUACUCAAGCAGCAGAUGUAGCAGCGACACCUGUCAUACCUGACGAUGUGCCUCUCCCCCAUGGUUGGGAAAUGGCCAAAACGCCUACUGGCCAGCGGUACUUCCUCAAUCACCUGGAUAAGACAACCACAUGGCACGACCCCCGUCUUUCACAACUUCAGUCGGCUGCAGCUCAGCAUCCAAUCUCCAGCACCUCGGUCCAUGCCCACUCCCUCAGCAACCCAGCAGCCACUACACAACCACCAAACAUCAAUCCAGAGACAGGUCCACUGCCUGAAGGCUGGGAGCAGGCUGUGACUGCAGAUGGAGAGAUGUACUACAUCGAUCACAUAAAUAAGACCACCGCAUGGGUCGACCCGCGUCUAGCUCAGAAGAUGAACCCUGGCAUCCCUGGCAUGGCCUUGCAGCAAAGGCAGGAAAAGGAAAGGCUCAGAUGCAAGCAAGGCAUGCCUCCACAAAUCACACCACAGGAGGUCGGAGGAAGGAACCAGAUGCCUGGUGGGAUGGACCAUGACAGGAGCACUCAAAUGCUUAUGGAUGCCAGGAUCAGAGCCCCAAACCACGAACCUACACUUAAUGGGGCUCAUUCUCGCAACGAGAGCACCGACAGCGGCCUGAGUGUCAGCAGCCUACCGCGCACAUCAGACCACAUGCUGAGCUCUGUGGAUCACAUGGACACUGGCGACUCCAGUGAGCCCACCUCAAUGACCUUGCAGGAGUCGAUGCCUGUGCUCCCAAUGAAUGAGGGCGACGAGCUGAUGCCCUGCAUCCCUGAGGGUCUUAGUUCGGACCUCCUGAUGGACAUGGAGACUGUUCUCUCUGGGUCACACAUGGACAGAGACAGCCUGCUUACCUGGCUAUAGACACAGCCAGCCACCGCCUGGUCAAACGUGCUUUGACAUCAAGUUUUCAUAACAUGACUAAGAAUUCUGGAGGAUCCACAAGUCGUACACAACAUCAUUACAGAGAGAAUAUGCUACUGUUUGGCAAUGGAAGCCUAACACUACUCACACCCUGAAGAACGGAAAAAGAAAAAAAAAGACUCAGAAGGUGGUAAGCAGCAGGUUUUCUCUUUUUUGCGUCUACUUUCGUGGUGAUGCAAAACGGCAUCAUAUUUUAGCAACACAGUCUUUAAUUGCAAUAUUCCUUUCUCUGGGUAAGUGCUUCAUUUAGAUUUGCAUCCUCAUUCAAAAACAAGAAAGGCAUCAUUUUACCGAUCAAAUAAACACAAAACUACAUCUUAAAAUAACACUAAUGCUGUUAGGGAAGGUUUUGUAUUAAGAAUCUCCUACCCACGACCCCUUAAUUAACUGCAUAAGCCUGCAGGAUAAAAGAAACACAGGUGCUACUACCUCUGAGCUUUUUUAACAACACUUCUCACAUUUUUAUAAAAACAAAACAAAAAAAAGCAUUUUUGAAAGAACCAUCAAAACUCUAAUAAACACUACAUUAGAUGCACACUGCCAAAGGAUAAGCUGAAAAAUGACUCAUGAAAGUUCUCUCUUCUUUCUGGAUACACAGAAACUUAAUGAGGGGUUUAGAGGACGCACUCCACUGUCCAGAAGAGAAUUUAACUCUAUGGGAGAUCCCAUUUUACAGAGCUCCCUAAAGUAAAAAAGCUUGCAUGCCAAAAAUUGUAUUUAAGUGUUAGGGAAAGUAUAAUUUCUCCAUCUAGGACAACAAAUAAAAGUCUGUCAAGCUGCUUCACAUUUACAGAAGCAGUAGCUACAGAAUACUUUAAUGAUAGGGAGCAGUUUCAACAGUGAGUGUGGGAUUUCUUAGACUCGUCUUUACACAAAGGAACACUGCAGCAUACAGAGGAAGUCCUCAGUAAGAACGCAUGAUGAGUGCAGUCCAGCACAAUGCAGGAUUUUCCCCAGGAAACUGUAAAGGCUGAGUCCUCGGCUAUCUUGUUGUCAGUUUUUAUAUAUUAGCCCAUCUCUACAGAGAACAGCGCAGCAGGCUUGCUUUGACAAUACUGCCACCUGGACAUUGUUAAUACAGUUUGCGCUUUUGUUUCUGUUUUGAAUUCCAUUUUAUUCCAGGGAUUUUGUCCAUGUCAGCAUUGAGAAUGAACUUCACAAAAGCAGUAUUUAUUGCAGGUUUGUUAUAUUUGAUUGUGUUGGAUAGUUGUUUUAUUAUUAUUAUUUCUUAUGAUGACCUCUUCUUUGAGAAAUCAUGCCGCCUAGUGGUCAUCCUGCAACAAAUAUGUUUGGUUUCUUUUCUUUUGCUAGGUAACAUAAAGAUAUUAAGUUAAUCAGCCUGCACUUAAAACUGAUUUCUUCUCAUUCUUUUUCUGACUUUUUUUUAUUGGCUUGAAACAUUCCCAAUGUUUAAAAACUUUUAACAAGUCCGUAUUCAUUCAGUGGCAUUUUUUUCUCUCCCCACCACAAACAGACAACAAGCACUAUCUCAAUUUUAGUCACAUACACAUCUUUUUCUCCAGCACAUGCAGUGCAUUUUAAUUUUAGAUUCACUCUUUUGGUCCCUUUUUGUUUUAUUUUAUUUUCUGGUCGGUAGUGUCUUGAAAACCGGUUUCACCAAAUUUGCAAUAGUUUCUAGCUUUGUUCUGUUGUUAGAGGUUAAAGAAGCUUUUUGCAUGUGCCACAAUCAUGAUACACACAAUGAAAACUUUGAGAAUGUACACAAAGCAAGGUGCCAAACUAAUCAAAACAAUAUUCCCUCAUGUACAUUUCACUGAUCAGUCAUGACCAUCAGCAAAAACCAUGUAUAUAGAUCAAAUAUGACAUCAUCCUUUUCUGAAAAGACAAUUAACAAAUGAUGACCACUCUGAUGUAUUAAUGUGUAAUCUAUUGGAAUUUUCUCUAGAAGAUACAGCCUUUAAUACAUUUAUGGAUAAAAUGGUUGCACAAAUAUUUGUCAGAAGUAGGUUGAUAAUAAGUCGUUACUGUUUAGCCUAAUUUAAAAGACAUUAAAAUCAAAUGUCUUUAGUCUUUUAAUAAUAAUAAUGAAUCUGACUUUUUAUCACCAGUUCUUGCUGUGCCUUUGGGGUUUUUUUUUUCUUUUAUUGUAUGGACACAUAAAUUAAACAAAACAUGUUGAUUUUAAAACCCCCUCCUUGAUGAAUAAUUCUGGUUAGUGCUAAUAUGAUGUUAGAUUUUGCAGGGCUAUAAUUUCCUCUGACUCAGCCUCAAGUGUUAUCUGUAGACACAAGAAAGGGUUUUAGAGAUCCUGUUGUGACUCCCCAGAAAAGCUAGACACUAAUUAUGAGUGCUGUGUUUUGGGCAUAUUUGAUUUCAACUGCAAACACUAUUAGGAGCAAACUUCACUAUGGGGAACGCUGUCUUUUCUCUCUGGUCAGGCAAAGCAUCUAACAAGUAUAUAAUCUGCUGGUUUGUUUCUGCAGUGUGUUUGUACUUAAUUCUUGAUGAGUGUUUUUCCUAAAGAGCUAGCUUGUUUUUAUAAAUGCAGUUCUACGUGGAGGUAAAGACUUCAUUCAUCAUAACAUCAAACAAAGAGCCAAGUCUCCUCUUAUUAAUGUUUUCUAAAUGAAAGCGUCAAUUUUACCCAGUGACUUAUUUCUCAUACACAUAAUGAAGCGCACUACCUAGCUUAUUUAUCUUAGCAUGCCUGACACCUGCUAUGUAUGUUACAUAUAAUGAUGGUUAUUAUCCUAUUUACAGAGUUUUGAAACUGUCAAGCUUGUUUUUAUACUUGUUUAUGCAUGAUUUAUAUAUAUUUUUCAUUGUAAUCAUUUUGAAGGACUUUCUGUUUAAUAAACAUUCAAAUACA